GAUUUUUUUUGUCUGCCGGCUUAACGAUAUAAACAUGCUCCUUGUUUCUGUCUCUGUUAUCGUGCCUCGUGUUUUUCCCCAGAGAAGCUUCUCACCAGGAUUGGGUUGCUUGGCUGGUCCACAACAGUACUUACGCACAGAUACCCCCUGGUUCUAAUCAGCCGCCCAUUAGACGCCGGGCUCAUCUGUAAACUUCGCUAUCUAGCUUCGAUAUUUCGACCAUGGCCAUUACACUGAUCACCACCGUCCCUGGAUUGCACCUGCAGUCCCCUUCAUUGUCAAUAAUCACUUCCCCGACCACGCUGGUGCAUUCUUGGAAGUCCCCAUAUUCACCUGCGUUUCCAGAUCUUUCUCCAAUACUCCCCCUCCCGACCCCACUAUCACCCGCCUUCCAACACCGCGUCUCCACGAAGGGUGCAUCUCGUGUAACUCCUUUGCCGCGCAUUCCACCAGAGCUUUUCCUGGACAUCAUCUCGUUCAUUGCUGUGCCAGACACACCCACCAUAACGAGUAUAUACGGCCAGUCCAAUCUCGCAGAAAUCUGUAAUUGCUCUCUCGUGAGCAGAUUUUGGCUAUACGCUGCCCGGGAUCAUUUAUGGAGACAUGUGCGACUUGGAAGCGGACAAAGAGGGAAUGAUUUCGUCGAGUUAUUGCAACAUUACAACUCAGGGCAUGAAUCCACCCUUCCGAGUUUCGUUCCGCAUGUCAAGCACCUCUUCAUCCGUGAAUCGCGGGGAGGUAUGUCGUGGGACCCGAAAUGGCUUAACGCAGUCUUGCCAACCCUAGCUGGUGCGCUCGUCAAUCUUCACUCUCUCGAAGCUGAGCGUAUCACCUGGGAGUAUCUGUCGUCCAAAUCUCGGGAUGCUUUUAUGAAAGGAUUCAAGGGUGUGCGGAAGCUUGCGCUGCGAGUAUGCGAGUUCAGGACGACGCUGGAUAUGAUCAGGGUUAUCGGAGAGUUUGAAGAUGUAGAAGUGCUCGCACUGGACGGGGUGCGCUGUGAGUGGGAUGAUAUACCUGUGGACUCAGAGGUAUUUGUAUCUAGAGCAAAUGAUAGAGCGAUUCCUAAGCCGCCAAGAAAACUUAGGGAGCUCGCGAUGCGGGGAGCAUGUACCAGACAUGUGUUGAAGUGGAUGGGGGCGGCGAUGAAGGACGAUGGAGGGCGGGUGACAGUGGAAGUGCUGAGACUCGGAGCGUUGGGUCUCAAGAGUGCCCCAGCAGUGGGGAAGUUCUUGAAGAUGCUGGGCACAAACUUGAAAGAGCUUCAUCUCGGGUUCGAUGCUGCAUUCAUAGACGAUGGAGACGAGGUUGUAUCCCACAUUGACCUCGGCUAUAACAAUGUUUUGAGAGAGAUGCAUGUGUAUGGACUCAUUAUUCCUUCCUUGCCACCUCCAGAUCUAUCAAGCCUCGAUCCUCCCCCACCGCCACCGCAGUUGAUGCCACUCUACUACCCUCUUCGAUGGUCUCUCUCGCUCGCGUUGUACCCCGCUGAUACGCGCGCCCUUUCAUCAAUGGACUUUGAAGGGCUAGCUCACGUAUUGGACGGAAAGCCUUGGACAACCCUGGAGGAUGUACAAGUUGUGGUAGCAACUGAAGACGACGGAAGGAUGAGCGGGAUUGUCAAUCAAAAACUGGAUAGACUGUUCGAGAGAGGCGUGCUGCGAGUGGAUGUAGGCUUUGAUGACAGGGAGGUCAUAUUGAUUUGAACAUUUAGACAUAUAUAGCUUCGUA